ACCAGCAAUCCGGCUUCUGAAGAGUCGUUUAGGCGUACCAAGUCAGGCCGUGGUGUUUUGCAGGCCUUCCUUGGCGUGGACUGACGUUUCACGGUUACUGAUCGGAUGUACGCAGUGAGCGUGUUUAUACAGUGAAAUAUACAUGUGUGUCAUCGGCGUGACUGAAACGGACCUGCCUAGUACAACAUGCUUGCGGCUAAGAUGAACUAGGGAAUAUGAUGGUUGGAACCAGACACAAGAUGGAAGUGUGCCUACCUUUUGUGAUUGGUUUGUGUUUCAUCACAAUGUGUGGAUGUGCAGAAUUUACGUACUAUUACAACAUAUAUGAAGAAGUGCCCCCUGCACACUCCACAUUUAUAGGAAAUAUCCCAAAUGACACCAACCUGAAAUCGAUGGUCAGUGAAGCAGACUUUUCAAACUUGCAGUACAGUUUUCUGACAGAGGGAGAUUAUGAGACAACCAAAUAUUUCAGUCUGGAUGAAAAUACUGGGAAUCUGCGUACAUCGUCUGAUGAUGUGUUAGACAGGGAAACUCUCUGCCCAUUUGCAUCAACCUGUGUUUUGUCUUUGGAGAUUGCCAUCAAGUCAAAGUUAACCCAGUUCUUCAGGACGGUUGCCUUGGAAAUAUCCAUAGCUGAUGUCAAUGACAAUGCUCCUAAGUUUCCAACCAACAAGAAGACACUGAACAUAUCUGAGGAAGUGGUGACUGGAGCCUCCUUCGCUCUGGACGGAGCUGUGGAUCGGGAUACUGGAGCCAAUAAUUCUCUACAAACCUACACCAUUCAGCCAGAAGAUGGACCUUUUGAGCUUCAGUUUAGCAAGAACAUUGAUGGAACGUCCUAUCUGAAUCUGGUGGUGCGGGAGAAGCUGAACCAUGAAGAGAGAAACUUGUACAAUGUGCAGGUCAUCGCUGUGGAUGGCGGGGUGCCGCCCAACCAGGGCGUCCUCAGUGUGGAAAUCAAUGUGAUUGAUAUGAAUGACAAUCGACCCAGGUUUACACAAGAUUCCUACAGUGUUGUUGUGGAAGAGAAUGUGGCGCAGAACUUUGUAAUCCUGGUGGUGAAUGCAACUGAUGCAGAUUCUGGUGCCAAUGGUGAGGUGAGAUACAGUCUCAGCUCCCAUCAAGCUGUGAAGAAUCAGAAACUGUUUGCAAUUAACCCCCAGACAGGUGAGCUAAGUGUGACAGGUGAGCUUCAGAGUGAGCCGGAGGAGAAGUAUGACAUCAUUGUAGAAGCGAGUGACAUGGGGGUGCAGCCAUUCACGACCCAAACGGUGGUCACUGUGGAAGUCCUUGACACCAUCAACAACCCACCGAGAAUCAGAGUCAACUUACUCACCAGUCAGGUCCUGAACUUCUCCCUCAUAUCCGAGUAUGCCAACCUGGGUGUAGUGGUUGCACAUAUCCGGGUGUAUGAGUCGGACAGAGGGAGGAAUGGUAUUGUUAAAUGUGAGCUUAUACAGCAUAACUAUUUCGAACUCCAGGGCUUUGAUGUUAAUGAGUAUAAAGUCAUUGUAGCUAAACCACUUGACCGGGAGUCCAAGGCUGAACAUACCUUGACCGUUCAGUGUGAGGAUGCAGGAACACCCCCACUUAGUGUAAACGCAAGUUUCAUUGUGAAAGUCACAGACGAGAAUGACAAUGCCCCACAGUUUAGCCGUGCCGUCUAUUCAGCUACCAUCAGGGAAAACAACAAGAUAGGGGACAGUGUUCUUACAGUGGUGGCCCAGGAUGUGGAUGAAGGCAUCAACAGUGACAUCAGGUACUCCCUCUCACCGAUGUACAACCGGGAGGAGUUUAUAAUUUCUCCAGAGUCUGGUCUCAUUCUAGCCAAUACACGGUUUGAUUAUGAAACAAAAUCAGUCAUGAAUUUCUCUGUGAUUGCUGUCGAUAGUGGAAAUCCUCCUAAAACCUCAACUGCCAAAGUGACAGUGCGUGUGAUCGAUGUUAAUGAUCAGAAACCUACAUUUUCCCAUUCUGUUUUCCAUUUUAAUGUCUCUGAGAGUGCUAAACUAGGGCAAAAUGUUGGGCAAAUUAUUGCUUUUGAUUUUGAAACUGGUGGCAAUGGAGAGGUGUACAUUUCACUUUCACCUGAAAUUGACAAUAUUUCACCUUUCGCUCUUUUCCAAAAUGGGACAAUUAUUUUGAAUGGAAGUAUAGACCAUGAAGCAAGAAAUCAGUAUGAAUUCAGAGUUUCGGCUAUUGAUAGAGGUACCCCACCUCUAAAUGCAACUACUUAUGUCAGAAUUUCAAUCCUGGAUGAAAAUGACAACAUGCCCGUCAUCACCUACCCCAACAUCACCCAUCACUCAACUCAGAUAUCUACUGACUAUCAAAUAGACAGCAUCAUCACAUCAGUCCAAGCCAAAGAUGCCGACUUUGGUGUCAAUGCUCAGCUGAAAUAUGUGAUCACAUCAAGAAAUGACAGUGGUCGAUUUGAAAUUGAUGCCAAAACAGGUGAAAUUUCCGUGACAAAGCACCUGUCCAAGAAUGACAUUAACAUGUAUAAGUUUAUGAUCAUGGUCCAAGAUGGAGGUGUUCCUCCCCAUGCAUCCCACACCAUCCUCUUCGUCAACAUUGUUGCUGGCAAUGGUUCCGCCAUGCUGGGUACUCAUGGACACAAUGACCAGAAUGUCCUCAUCACUGUGACGAUCAUCUGCGUCACUGCGAUCGUCUCGGCAAUAAUUGUGUUAGUUAUUAUUGUAAUGAAGAGGAAAGACAAGCAGAGGACUAAGACACCGGAGGGAUCGAUGUAUCUCCAGCCUCCAAGUUCUCUCACUCAGUAUGUUGACAAGGUAAAGGUAGAUAAUGUCAGGACCAGUAAAGGAGUGGAAAAUCACACUGAUGAAGAAUUUGGAUUUUCCGGGCGAAAAGAAAAGGAUGCUGAGAAUAUGAAAAAUGACUCCAACUCACAGCAGUACAGUUUGUCGAAAGAGACUCGGGAUGAGAGUGACGGGCGGCUGGACCAGCUGGCGGUGUUGCAACUGCACCAGGCCUUGCUGCAGACAUACCAGGGCCAUCAGCUCUCUAACACACAGAAAAUUGCAGCUUGGCAGCGUGGUCAAGACGACGUUCACAGUGAUGCAUCCGGUGAGACGACAACCAGUGACAGCGGCCGUGGCGGCAGUGAAGAGGACAUCUGCAGUCACAGCGGUGCUUCAGCAUCACAGAUUGAAGACCUCCAUGAGAUGUCCCGGGAUACAUUGCUCAACAACACAAGCUUCCAGUCAAGUCAGACCAUACCAAGUUCUCUUAAGUCAGGACUUAAAGACAAUGUUCGAGCCAGUGUCAGGAAGCAUGUGACCUUCAGAGACUUGUCUGACAAAGGCCACCAUGACAUUUACCCAGAACCCUCUCAACAUCAUCAAGUGCCACCUUCAAAACAUCACCCUGUGAGAAACAUGGACAAAACAUAUCCACAGAACCCACCCCUGAAACCUCCCUCUCGGGGCCCUCAAAAUUGUGGUUUCACUGUGAGAAAUCCCACUUUUACCAGUGACAAUUUUUACCAUGGUGGGUGCAAGAAAUCUGUUGGGGAUUUCCAUUUACCAGUGCAAGAUCAUAUCUCGCAUGUGAGAGACUGGAGGAACGACAGUAUUGCAACGACAGAUGAUGGGGACGACAGGUCCACCACGACCUCAGGGAGCUAUACUAUUGACAAUGAUGAAUCCUGUGUUAAUUUAGACUUCAAUGACUUCAAGGAUGUUGUGGUGUGACAUCAGUCAUCUACAUGUCAUUGUUCACAUCAGUUGCAAGUGUGCUAAACUCCGCAGCAUCAUCCAUGACGUUCCACAGUUCCAUGUUCCUUCCAACAUGGAAUAUCCCAAAGACAGUAGUUUCACCUGGUUUAUGUGUUGACUUAAAGUCAGUGAAUGUAUGUUACAUUUGUGUUGUUGAAAAUGGAUUGAAUUAAGAGCAAUUAAGACUUCCAUAUUUAGAAAAAUAGCUGAAAUAUAACAAUUUGAGUAUAGAUAUUUUUGUACACACUUGUAUAAUCUUUAUACAGAUUAUGAUCAAAUCAUGGUCAUAAGGAUAUAAGUUAGGGACAAAACUUAAAAAAGCAGUAUUGAUAUUGUUUAAAGUACAAAUACUUUCAUAACACUGGGAAUGUGAGUGAUCAUUACUCUCGUUAUGUGGUCUUUAUUCUCAUAUAUUUCACUCACACCAAGGGCAAUUUAGAGACAAUAUUCUGAGCAUCUUCUGAAAAAUAUGUCACCUUUGCACAAAUGUGAGAAAUAUGUUGGACACAUGAGCUAGAGUAGAAAAUAAUUGAUGAGAUUCCCCUGGCUUCAUUUGCCAGCUGAGUGUCAUGCUUAUUAUUGGAGCUGACACAAUGUAAAAUAUUAAUGAAGUAAGACCUAGCAAAUAUGAUGAUUAAUUUAAUAGCAUGAGAAAAUAUUUUUUCUCAUCGUUAAUAUGAUUGGAAUUUCAUGCGUCAACAGAAAUGAUAGAACUACUGAUCUCACAAGAUGUUUUUCCUGAGCACAAAUCACAGAAAGUGUUAGGACCUGAAUGUUUGGUGUCAUUAUUGACAUGAACUGGUUUUGGAGUCAUUAGAAAUUUUUCUUGUUAUAGUAUUGUUGCAAUCUCAAUAAUGAUAUAUGACCAAUCAGCAUUAUUUGAUUAUGUAUGUGUUAAUUAGUACAGUGGGUAUUUUGGAACCAAUAUCUGUCAAUAUCUUGCCAAAGGUAUCAUAAAGUUGUCAGUUUCACAUAUGCAACAACUGUUGUCAUGCACAGGAGAUGUCAGUGUUUGAUGUCUGGCUGACAAAAGCUGGUAAUUGAUGCAAACUAUUUCUUUAUGAGGAGCAGGUCGGGUAAUUAUGUCCCAAGCAAUAAGCACAUAGUGUGUCUGGCAUCAGGGCUGGUGGUAGGGGCGACACAAUUGGCUACUGCUAUUGAUUCAUGUCAAUGUGAAAUUAACAUUUCUCAUCUCCGCCUGCUUUCAUUAGUUGCCAGUCAGUGGAAGGGGGAACAAUGUGAUGAAGUUAACACGUUUUGAUUGCAAAUAUGACACUGACAUUUCCUGAACAUUAAAUGAAUUUUAUAGGUUUUUAACUCAUAUACAUGUGUUACUGUGAACCAAAGUAGAAUAUCAUUGUUUAUAAUACUGUUAUUUAAACUGUACAAUAAUGAAUUAACUAGACUACAAUAUUAGGAGAAAAUUGAUAAAGCGUUCAGAUAGCUUAUGACAAAUUGUUAAGAAAGUUAGUAACUGGUAGUCACAAUUCUAAAGGUUUUUUCUUUAAUUUUGUUGUUACGGAUAUUUAUGUGGUGCUUUGUUGAACAAGACCCAACAGUUGUGAGGAUUGUAAUCCACCUAUGUUGCUAAUGUGUUGAUUGGUGAAGUACUUUGUACACAAUCAGGUAGAUACAUACCGAAUCAAAUUUGUAGAUAUCUGUCAAUCAAAAUGAUCCAAAUGUUGUUGCCAUGAUUAUUUAUUAUGUCAUUGAAUUUCCACCGAAUGCUAUGUUGAAUGAGUGAAUGUGAGACUGACUGUUUUUGUUAUAUUUGUUACAUGAAUGGUAUCUGUAUAUUGAAUGACUUGUAUAUAGCAAUGAACCACCAUGUGUUCUGUUAUCGGCAUGACAAACAUGUACAUUUCUCUCCCGCUGCAAAUAAAUGUGGGAAAAUAUAA